GUCUUCCUCAGGCUGCUGAGCAGGGAGUCUCCUUCAGGCGCCAUGAAGGCCGUGCUGCGCAAGGCGGGGAGCGCGGGCGCCGGGGAGGAGAAGCAGUUCCUGGAGGUCUGGGAGAAGAACCGGAAGCUCAAGAGCUUCAACCUGUCGGCGCUGGAGAAACACGGGCCAGUGUACGAGGACGGUGAGGCGGCUGGCCCUGCCAAGGCAGGCGGGGCGCUGAGUGUCUUGUGUUCUCAGGGGGACCAGUUUGUGUUCUAUGAAGACUGGGGAGAAAGCAUGGCUUCCAAAAGCACCCCGGUGCUCUGCGUGCUGGACGUCGAGAGCGGCAACAUCUCUGUGCUCGAGGGCGUCCCUGAGAGCGUGUCCCCCGGACAGGCCUUCUGGGCCCCCGGAGACACGGACUACGUGGACCUCACAGGGGGGAAGUGUGAGCUCUUGUCGGACGGCUCCCUGGCUGUCUCCUCUCCCCGGCUGAGUCCAGACCUGUGCCGCAUCGUCUACCUGCAGUACCCGUCGCUGGUCCCCCACCAUCAGUGUAGCCAACUGUGCCUGUACGACUGGUACACCAGGGUCACCUCGGUGGUGGUGGACGUGGUGCCGCGCCAGCUGGGAGAAAGCUUCUCUGGCAUCUACUGCAGCCACCUGCCGCUGGGGUGCUGGUCAGCGGACAGCCAGCGAGUGGUUUUCGACUCGGCUCAGCGCAGCCAGCAGGACCUAUUUGCUGUGGACACCCAGGUGGGCACUGUGACCUCCCUGACGGCUGGGGGGUUAGGAGGGAGCUGGAAGCUGCUCACGAUGGACCGGGACCUCAUGGUGGCACAGUUCUCCACGCCCAGCCUGCCCCCGAGCCUGAAAGUUGGGUUCCUGCCUCCCCCGGGGAAGGAACGGUCGGUGGUGUGGGUGUCGCUGGAGGAGGCCGAGCCCAUUACCGACAUCUCCUGGGGUGUCCGGGUGCUGCAGCCGCCCCCGGAGCAGGAGAACGUGCAGUAUGCUGGCCUUGACUUUGAAGCAAUCCUCCUGCAGCCCAGCAACCCUCCCGACAAGACCCGGGUGCCCAUGGUGGUCAUGCCCCACGGGGGACCCCAUUCAUCCUUUGUCACCGCCUGGAUGCUGUUCCCAGCUAUGCUGUGCAAGUUGGGCUUCGCAGUGCUGCUGGUGAACUAUCGGGGCUCCACGGGCUUUGGCCAGGACAGCAUCCUCUCCCUCCCCGGCAACGUGGGCCACCAAGACGUGAAGGACGUCCAGUUUGCAGUCGAGCAGGUGCUCCGCGAGGAGCACUUCGACAAAGACCGGGUGGCCCUGAUGGGCGGGUCCCACGGCGGCUUCCUCUCCUGCCACCUGAUCGGUCAGUACCCGGACACGUACAGCGCCUGCGUGGCCCGCAACCCGGUGAUCAACAUCGCCUCCAUGCUGGGCUCCACGGACAUCCCCGACUGGUGCGUGGUGGAGGCGGGCUUCUCCUACAGCAGCCACCACCUGCCAGACCUGAUGCUGGGCCAGAAGGACCGGCGGGUGCCCUUCAAGCAGGGCAUCGAGUAUUACCGUGCCCUCAAGACCCGGAACGUGCCUGUGCGGCUCCUGUUGUACCCCCAGAGCACCCACGCCCUGUCUGAGGUGGAGGUGGAGUCGGACAGCCUCAUGAACGCCGUGCUCUGGCUGCGCAUGCACCUGGGCAGCUGAAGGCCCGCCUCAGCGCCAGCCGGUUGGCAGGGGCGGCCCUGGGUUCUGGGAGAGCCCGGGGUCUGGCAGAGCAGCCGGAGGAUCCUGGGCUCUGGACUCUGGUCGGGCGAGCGAGAGGCGGGCUGUCUGGUUAUAAUAAAUGAAGACAGUCUGGUU